GCUACUGAUGGAGCCCGGAGAGGCUGAAGCAGCGAUUGCCAUGGCAACGCGUGCUUUUCCCCGAGCCUCGCCGCCCAACUCGUCGAAAUGGGGCCGGAGAACUUCGGGCCGCCCAAGCCCCAUAAGGCAAAAAUAUGUAUGUGGAAAUAUUUAGAUGUUCAUUCCAUGGAUCUCAUCAAUAAUGCUGAAACAACUGAUGAACUGAAAAGGCUUCUCUCUGAUUUCUUUGAUCUGAAGGAUUUUGAAUCAAAUCCUCGCUCUGCUAUCUUGUUAGAUUUGUACUUCUACACCAUCCAGUUCAGCCGUGAGCAGAGCUUCAACCGGGAACAAACCUCUGCUUUCUUCUCAAUUGUGAAGGAUGUGCACGAGGCCUGUGUGGAAACACCGCUGCCCAAUGUGGAGGAAUGCUAUAAAUAUUUCUCUGAACUGAUGUUCUGCCACUCCAUUCGGAGGCCCCCCUUCAGCAUCGAUCUCUUCAGUCAGGACCAGCUGGUGCUCAUAACCGACUACAUGAUUAACAGUUACUUCCGUCACUACAAACUUUACAAAUACGCUUUCACCCCACAGGUGCGGCUAGACAUCUCAUUCACUUACGUUGGGAUGCCUGAACCAGAACCCAAAGAGGACGAAGCUAUGGCCGAGAGUACAGAAACAGGACUGUCUUCUUUGCAUGAGGAAUUGGAGGAAGCUGGGGCCCCUGAGGAAAGUCCCACGACUGCCCUGAGAGACUUCAUCGUAUCACAACUCAAUCAGGAGUUAACCCAGCUGCGCCAUUCCAUCGACCAGCGUCUAAAAGUCACAGAGGACCAGUUUAAUGCCAAGCUGAUCCAGCUGGAGAAAGGUUCUGCUGCCAGCAAGGGGAUUGCCAAGGGCAAGAAGAAGUAAGCAGACGAGAAAGGUUGGAGUGCAAGAGGACCAUUUCCUGUCCCAGGGUUGUUUCUUCAUUUCUGAGGCUUCUGCAAAAAGGGGUCGUCCAGAGAGCAAGAGAAAACACGAAGGGAAUGGCAGUUAAAAUAGGGGAAGCAGAUGGAAAAUCUGCUUUGGAAAAUGUGAUAAGGGUUUACGGAAAAUCUCUUCUGGGUAAGGUCAUAUACUCACAGAAGGAACUGUUGUAUAAAGCAGACUGUGUUGUGAUAUUAAA